AGCCUGAGCUGAGCCCUGAAUUAACCCAGCCAUGCCCCAGGGGGAUUUUUUGGGGGUUUUGCACCUCCAAAAAUGGGACCUGGCUCGCCCGGAGGAGCUGCAGCAGCUCCCAGCACCCAGACAUGUCCUGCUCCCCUGGGAUCAACACCAGGCAUGUCCUGAUCCCCAGGGAUCAACACCCAGGCAUGUCCUGCUCCCCAGGGAUCAGCACCCAGGCAUGUCCUGCUCCCCAGGGAUCAACACCAGGCAUGUCCUGCUCCCCUGGGAUCAGCUCCCAGACAUGUCCUGCUCCCCUGGGAUCAGCACCCAGGCAUGUCCUGAUCCCCAGGGAUCAACACCAGGCAUGUCCUGCUCCCCUGGGAUCAGCACCCACCCAGGCAUGUCCUGAUCCCCAGGGAUCAGCACCCAGGCAUGUCCUGCUCCCCUGGGAUCAGCACCAGGCAUGUCCUGGUCCCCAGGGAUCAACACCAGGCAUGUCCUGAUCCUCAGGGAUCAGCACCCACCCAGGCAUGUCCUGAUCCCCUGGGAUCAGCACCCACCCAGGCAUGUCCUGCUCCCCUGGGAUCAGCACCAGACAUGUCCUGCUCCCCAGGGAUCAGCACCCACCCAGGCAUGUCCUGCUCCCCAGGGAUCAGCACCCAGGCAUGUCCUGAUCCCCAGGGAUCAACACCCAGGCAUGUCCUGAUCCCCAGGGAUCAGCACCAGCCAUGUCCUGGUCCCCUGGAAUCAGCACCCAGACAUGUCCUGCUCCCCUGGGAUCAACACCAGGCAUGUCCUGAUCCCCAGGGAUCAGCUCCCAGGCAUGUCCUGAUCCCCUGGGAUCAACACCCAGGCAUGUCCUGGUCCCCAGGGAUCAACACCAGUCAUGUCCUGGUCUCCUGGGAUCAGCUCCCAGACAUGUCCUGCUGCCCUGGGAUCAGCACCCAGGCAUGUCCUGCUGCCCUGGGAUCAGCUCCCAGGCAUGUCCUGCUCCCCUGGGAUCAGGUGCUUUCCCAGAGACAUCAGACACCUCAAGGAUUUCCCUGUUCUCACAAGCACCCAGCCUGGAUCUCUCCCAUCCUGCUCCCCAUGUCCCUGUGGAAGGCUGGAGGGAGGAGGCAGAGCCUCAGCUCACAGAGUCUGUGGGGUGAUGUGGGGUCUGUGGUUCCUCCUGCAGCAGCCUGGGAUGCUGGGGCUUGGAGCUGCUGUGCUGGGCAGGAGCCUGGAGCAGGGCCGUGGUGGUGGGGCCAGCCUGGUGCUUUGGGCAGUUCUCUCAAGGCCAUCAGUGUCUGGCUGCUGCUUGUGGUGAUUUCUGAGUGCUCCUCCCAUGCUGGGCCCUCCCUGCUGUGGGUCCUGGAAUCAUGGAAUGGUUUGGGCUGGGAGGGACCUUCAAGACCAUCUCAUUCCAUGGGCAGGGACACCUUGCAGUGUCCCAGGCUGCCCCAAGCCCUGUCCAGCCUGGCCUGGGACACUGCCAGGGGUGUGCCCUUGCUGCCAUUCCCUUGCCCUGGCUGGGACAGCCCCAGCACAGUGGGGAGGGCUGGGGGGUCCUGCAGGUCUCUCUGAGCUCCGUCCCUUCCCACUGGGAUUCUCCCAGCCCCAAAGCUGAGCCCCAAAAUGCCAGCGCACAGUGAGCAGCAGGAAAUCCCCCAGAAAAUCCCUUUGCAGCCUAAAGGUGAUGCUUAACUCCUGGAGCUGAGCCGGGGGAUGAGAUUUUGGGCUUCUCCUGACUUUUGAGGGGCUGCUCGUGGAUUUGGAGCCCUGUGGCCAGGGAGGCAGCUGCUGUGCUGUCCCCCUCAGGUGAGGGGUGAUCCCAUCAGAGUCCCACUUCAUGUCCAAUGUCACCACCGGGCUCCAGGGCAGGCUCUCAGCUCUCAGCUCGUCCGUGAUCCCUGUGAGGUUGGGAUUCAGGAGCAGCUCUUGGCUCUGGAGGCAGUGUGGGGCCUGCAGGAGCAGUGAGGGGCACUGGAGCCAUCCCUGCCGGUCCCGGCUGGGUGCAGAGCCCGUGGCAGGAGUGCCCGGUGUGCCAGGGCACCGUAGGGCGCUGCUGACGUGUCCCCACUGUCCCCGCAGCCCCCCUGGACCAGCCCUGCUGCAAAGCCCUCUACGACUUCGAGCCCGAGAACGACGGCGAGCUGGGCUUCAAGGAGGGCGACAUCAUCACCC